UUUUUUUUUUUCAAAGGAGUCCAUCAUGUAAUCAAAAGACUUAUUGAGAAGUCGAUGUCUUACUCCAUGACUUUUAGGGAACAAGAGAACAAUAGCCUGACACAAAAGGUUCGGUCCAAUUUAGGUGCCUUUUUAGACGCCCAAUAGAACCCAUCAUUGAUUAUUGAUUUAAGACCUUGAUAAGGUGAAUACCCAGUCUAUUCAAUGCUAGGCAUAAUGAGUAUAAGAACCUCAAAAAUUCUCUUUUCGUCCUAUCCUAUGAACUUUAAGGUGUAUGAAGUUUCAUAUUGGAUUCUUUAAGCAGAAGUGGGGCGAUGGAGAUUCCAUUUAACUUAGGUUGAUCUAAGCCAAAAGCAGACCUACGUCAGGAUAACCCUUCUCUUCUUUGAAACACUUUGGUAGUGCUCUUGGAUCGGAAUACAUAAAUCAGAGCACACGGAGCCAUCUUCUUAUCUUUCUGCCAAGAGAAUUAUGGUAGACUAACGGAUUAUUUAUAUCAGUUAAUGAACGAGCCCAAUGCAAAACAAAAAAAUGCAUGUUGGGUCUUUGAAAAAGUUCGAAUCAUUUUGAUAAAAAUCAGUUUGAUCUGUUUUACCGAGAAGGUCUACGGUUCGAGUCCGUAUAGCCCUAAAAAAAAUUUAAAAUAAAUAAAAUAAUAAUAAAAUAUAAUAAAAUAAUAUAUAAAUAUAUAAAUUUCUAAAUUCUAUAUAAUAGAAUAAUUUAUAUAUUAAAUAAUAAUAUUUAAUAUAAAUAACAAUAUUAUUUGAUAUAGAAUAUAAAUAUAGAAUAUAGAAUAAUAAUAUAAUAUAUAAAAUUAAAAUAAAUAAUUUCUAAAAUUAAAAUUAAAAUAAUAGAAAAUUAAAAUAAUAAUAAAAAAAAAAAAAAAAAAAAAGAAAAAAUUCUAAUAGAAUUUAGACAUUCUAAACAACUAAACAAAAAAUGAGAAUUAUAUUUUGAAUUCCCUCUUUUUUAGAGAGAAUCAAAGGUGAAGUGAAAAGGCGGAAGGGGGGGUCUUCUUUAUAUUUUAUAUAAGAGCAAUAUCUAUUUAUACUAUAUCAAUAUUAUAUCAAUAUCGAAAAAAAAUUCAAAAAUUGAAGUAAACGUAAUGGAAAAAUUAUAGUCGACGAAUCUUGAAACGAGACAUAUACCAAAGCAAACAAAAAAAACUAGGUGGUUGAAUCAAAAUAAAUUGUUGUUUUGACUAACCGGUUAUAGAUGAGUUAGGAAUUAAUUCCAAUUCGACUCGACUAAUCUAGUAUAUUUUCCACAUUCAUAGGAGUGCGCCUAUGUUUCUGAUUUACGAAUAUGAUAUAUUCUGGGCAUUUCUAAUAAUAUCAAGUGUUAUUCCUAUUUUAGCAUUUCUAAUUUCCGGAGUUUUAUCCCCGAUUAGCAAAGGGCCGGAGAAACUUUCUAGUUAUGAAUCGGGUAUAGAACCAAUGGGUGAUGCUUGGUUACAAUUUCGAAUCCGUUAUUAUAUGUUUGCUCUAGUUUUUGUUGUUUUUGAUGUUGAAACAGUUUUUCUUUAUCCAUGGGCAAUGAGUUUCGAUAUAUUGGGGUUAUCCGUAUUUAUAGAAGCUUUCAUUUUCGUGCUUAUCCUAAUUGUUGGUUCAGUUUAUGCAUGGAGAAAAGGAGCAUUAGAAUGGUCUUAGCUCUUGAAUAUUCCGCAAAAAAUAAUGAAAAAAAAAAUAACAUUGAGAAAAUUAUGAAUUCCAUUGAGUUUCCUUUACUUGAUCGAACAACUCAAAUUUCAGUUAUUUCAACUACAUCAAAUGAUCUUUCAAAUUGGUCAAGACUCUCCAGUUUAUGGCCACUUCUCUAUGGUACCAGUUGUUGCUUCAUUGAAUUUGCUUCAUUAAUAGGCUCACGAUUCGACUUUGAUCGUUAUGGGCUAGUACCAAGAUCUAGUCCUAGACAAGCGGACCUGAUUUUAACAGCCGGCACCGUAACCAUGAAAAUGGCUCCUUCUUUAGUGAGAUUAUAUGAACAAAUGCCUGAACCAAAAUAUGUUAUUGCUAUGGGGGCAUGUACAAUUACAGGGGGGAUGUUCAGUACCGAUUCUUAUAGUACUGUUCGGGGAGUUGAUAAGCUAAUUCCUGUAGAUGUCUAUUUGCCAGGCUGUCCACCUAAACCGGAGGCGGUUAUAGAUGCUAUAACAAAACUUCGUAAAAAAAUAUCUCGAGAAAUUUAUGAAGAUCGAAUUAGGUCUCAACCGGGGAAACGGUCACCGGGCGGGCUGUUAGCUAGUGUAUAUCAUCUUACGAGAAUAGAGUAUGAUAUAGAUCAACCAGAAGAAGUAUGUAUAAAAGUAUUUGCCCCAAGGAAGAAUCCUAGAAUUCCGUCUGUUUUCUGGGUUUGGAAAAGUGCGGAUUUUCAAGAAAGGGAAUCUUAUGAUAUGCUGGGAAUCUUUUAUGAUAAUCAUCCACGCUUGAAACGUAUCUUAAUGCCGGAAAGUUGGAUAGGGUGGCCCUUACGUAAGGAUUAUAUUGUUCCCAAUUUUUAUGAAAUACAAGAUGCUCAUUGAAUAAUAAGAAACUAAGCUUCAGUGUUACAACUCCAGAUAUUCAAGGAAUAUUUGUACGCUCUCUUAUAGAUCAACAGAGUUUUUGAAGUCUCAUUCAUAUUAUUAUGGAUAGACUAAAAAAAAAUAAUAAUAAUAAUAAUACAAUUAGGAAUUCAUUGAAUUCUCAAAUUUUGAAGAUAUUGAUUUCGGACGAGCCGAGCUAACUAAUAGGAUGAACUAAACGAAUUCUACAUCAUGAACUUUGUACCGCGCACAUCCCUUACUUAGAUGAGCUAUAUAAAGUCACAUAACAUAGGAGAGAAUGAAAAAAUAGAAUAUGAAAGAAAAUAAAGAAAUGAAAGAGGAUCAGAUUCUAUUUAUACUGUAUCUGAGACGAAUCUUGGAUAUUUACACCCUUCAACUCCUAUAGACUAGACUUUUAGGUUUUUUAACUAACUAAUUUAACUUUAACCUUUCGAAUCUAUAUGAAGUAUUAACAUUCUUUUUGACCGAGAGGAGACACACACAUUAUGAACAAAUCAAAUAAAAAAGAAGAGGAAACGAAACAUAAUCUAAUUUUUUUUUUUAUAUACUUUUUUAUAAUAGAAACUCUUUAUUUAUAACAUAAACUCUUUGCUCAUCUAAAAAGGUUCUAUCUACAGACAUCUAGAUGGAUAAGUUAAGUAUAUAUCAUGAUCUAUACUAUUAAUGAAUAUGCAUGUCGAUCUAUAUCAGAUCUAUAUCAAUUAAUUUAAUUAAGUUGUAGAAUAGAUACUCAUACACAAUGCCAGGAACCAGAUUUGAACUGGUGACACGAGGAUUUUCAGUCCUCUGCUCUACCAGCUGAGCUAUCCCGACCAUUUUCGACGCGUCAUCUUCCUCAUUUUACUAAACGACUUGGGUCUAUGUCAAUUAAAAAAAAGUAAAAAAAAGACGAAAAAGUAUUCUAAAAGCCUUAUCCAGACCUGGAAUGUUUUGUAUCUUUUUUUAAAAUAAAAAGAAAAAAAAAAAGACGACUUCGUAAAUUUCAGUUCGAAUAAUGAUUUUGAUUGUUAAUCAUUCCAAUUCCCAAUGUGGAUUCUUGUUUUGCUCAAAGAUGUUCGUUUGUAUGUGUAUCAUAUCUAUUCCAAGACUUGUGAAAAAAAAUCCAGCCUGGAUAUGUUUGUGAAAGAAUCGAAUGAAUGAGAAAGAUAAUGAGAUUUGAACCGUUAACGAAAAGAGAGAAUAGGAUAAAAAUAAUUAGGGAGUCGAGCGGGCCUUUUUUGGGGAUAGAGGGACUUGAACCCUCACGAUUUCUAAAGUCGACGGAUUUUCCUCUUACUAUAAAUUUCCUUGUUGUCGAUAUUGACAUGUAGAAUGGGACUCUAUCUUUAUUCUCGUCCGAUUAAUCAGUUAUCUAUCCGACUUUGGAAUGAAUGAUUUGAUCAAUUAAUAUUCAACCCUUUCUUCAACUUGGAAUCAAUUCAAAACAAUUUUGUUUUUAUUUCAUUUUUCAUAUAAAGAUAAAAAAAAUACGGAUUUGGGCUCCUAUUAAUCUUAAUUAAUCUUAAUCAUUUGAGAUAGUCUUUCAGUACGUAUACGUAUGUAUAUACGGUUAUCCUUUCUGAAGUUUUGACGGAAGGAUUUCUUUACUUUACUAAUGCAACGCAGUCAACUCCAUUUAUUAGAACAGCUUCCAUUGAGUCUCUGCACCUAUCCCCCCCUUUUUUUUAUUCUGUCUUUACUUUGUUUGUUUUCGGAAAACAGGAUUUGGCUCAGGAUUGCCCAUUUUUAAUUCCGGGGUUUCUCUGAAUUUGAAAGUUAUCACUUAGUAAGUUUCCAUACCAAGGCUCAAUCCAAUUAAGUCCGUAGCGUCUACCAAUUUCGCCAUAUCCCCUCUUUUUUUGUUUUGAAAUUAAGAUCUUAUUAUUAUCCCCCUUUUUUCAUUUCUAUUCUACUGGAACUGUUGAAGUCAUUAGAUACCGAUUCCUAUAAAAAGUCUUUCCUCUUAUUUUUUUAUUUCUUGUCUAUCUUCUUUUAUCUCUAUCAGAGACCCUUAUUUAGUCUAAUCAGAAAGGAUUCUAUCAUUUCUCUAUCCGCAAUUCAAUAUAGAUGUAUAUAUACCACAUUAAUUACAUAUACUUUUCUUGCUCUCAUUUUUUUUUUCUCGUGCAAUUUUUAAUACUCGAACGAUCAAUUCUUUUUCUUUUUUUUCUAUAUUCAUAAUAAUUAAUUAUGAAUAACUAAGAAUGAAAAGAAUAAAAAAUUAAUAGCCAAGAUUCCAUUAGUUUACUAAAUUCCUAUACAUGUACAAUUUCUGUUAUGUAAGCCCGCUUAGCUCAGAGGUUAGAGCAUCGCAUUUGUAAUGCGAUGGUCAUCGGUUCGACUCCGAUAGCUGGCUUUUCUCUAUUUGUUUAAUUUUUUACAUAAUUGAUAAUGUUUUUUUAAAUCAAAGAAUAUUGAAAAGGCCCCUUUCCCUUUUUUCCGAGGGUGACCGAUUAUUAUGUGGUAGGAACUUCCAAUUAGGAAUAAUAUGAAUAAAGGUUAGAGUAGUUAAAUCUCUGCAGAACAAAUCAAGAACAAGAAAAGAACCUUUUUUUUUCUAUAUACAUUAUUGGUAUAUAUACAAUAAGGAAUAAGGUCCGGAUAUUGAUACAAUCCACUCAUUAUUAUUUGUAAUAUACUAAUUUAGUAGAUAGUAGAUUUUGCUUCAUUUAUCAUAUUUAUCCUUUAGUUCAGUUUUAAUUUAGUUCAGUUUUAAUUUAGGUUUCUGAAAAUUCAAAAACAAUAAAAAGAAAAUAAGGAGUUUUUAUGUCACGUUACCGAGGGCCUCGUUUCAAAAAAAUACGUCGUCUGGGGGCUUUGCCGGGACUAACUAGUAAAAGGCCUAAAGUCGGGAGCGAUCUUAGAAAUCAAUCACGCUCCGGUAAAAAAUCUCAAUAUCGUAUUCGUUUAGAAGAAAAACAAAAAUUGCGUUUUCAUUAUGGUCUUACAGAACGACAAUUACUUAAAUAUGUUCGUAUCGCCGCAAAAGCCAAAGGGUCAACAGGUCAGGUUUUACUACAAUUACUUGAAAUGCGUUUGGAUAACAUCCUUUUUCGAUUGGGUAUGGCGUCAACUAUUCCUCGAGCCCGCCAAUUAGUUAAUCAUAGACAUAUUUUAGUUAAUGGUCGUAUAGUAGAUAUACCAAGUUAUCGCUGCAAACCCCGAGAUAUUAUUACAGCGAGAGCUGAACAAAAAUCUAGAGCUAUGAUUAAAAAUUAUCUUGAUUCAUCCCCCCAGGAGGAAUUGCCAAAACAUUUGACUCUUCACCCAUUCCAAUAUAAAGGAUUGGUCAAUCAAAUAAUAGAUAGUAAAUGGGUUGGCUUGAAAAUAAAUGAAUUACUAGUGGUAGAAUAUUAUUCUCGUCAGACUUAAACCUAACUAAAAUAACAAGGGUUCGGAUAAUUUUGCCCCCUUGUCGCCUAAGUAAAGAAAUCAAAAGUAAGGGCUUGAUCGGGAGAUUUUUCUCCCAUUCAUAUAUCAUAGAACGAUAGGGAUAUUUUCAUUCCUUUCCAUUUUUUCCAGUAUUUUCUGUACCGCAGAAAUUAGGAAUAUUAGGAAUAGAGAAUCUAUAUAAAGGAAAGGUCUAACUGUUGGAAUAAAGGUAUCCAUUGUUAUGUGAUUUGAUACAUUGCGAUUCGUAACAUUGAUAAAUUAGGUGAAGGUACGGAAAGAGAGGGAUUCGAACCCUCGGUAAACAAAAGCCUACAUAGCAGUUCCAAUGCUACGCCUUGAACCACUCGGCCAUCUCUCCUACAUAAUGAUUAUGGCCCAGAACCCGAGUGAAUCGCGAGUCAUUUAUAUUAGAUUGUUGGAUAGGUAAAGAUAAUUUUGUUUUUGUGAAAAACUCUUUGUUAAAAAUAAUAAAGAUAUAUAUUUAUUCGUGUUUGUGAAGACAGCCCUUCCGUCUUUUUUUGAUAUCUAUACCGGCUUAAAUCAUUAGAUUGGAACGACUCGAAUGAUCGGUCUAUCUUUUUUUUUUUUUAUGAAUUGAGUCUGUUUUUUAUGUUAUUUUGUACUGUACAACUACUUUUUGUGGGAUCGUUUUCUCAUGAGAGGUAAUUAAAAGAAAUUAUAAAAUGGAUUGCUACCUAUGCCUAGAUCUCGGAUAACUGGAAAUUUUAUUGAUAAGACUUUUUCAGUUGUAGCCAAUAUCUUAUUACGAAUAAUUCCGACAACUUCGGGAGAAAAAGAGGCAUUUACUUAUUACAGAGAUGGUGUGAUUUGAUUUUUUUAUUUACCGCUGUCAAGUCUUAGGAGAAAGACACAUUAGUCGGGAUAGAAAGAUUUGAAAUAACUCUACGCUUGUUGAAGGUGAAGUUUAUAAAUAAAACAAUUCCUUCUGUCGGGUAUCCCCGAUUAAUGCAGCCUCAAAUGCUUCAAUUGUCAAUUCUAGCAUUGAACGAAAGGUUACACCUAUGCCUAUGGCUAUGGGUUCUGUAUUGCAGGUUAACCCUACCCCACUAGUACCAAUAGGCGGCAUAGAGGAAGAAGCACUACGCCUAGGAAUCAACAACGCAAAAACUUUGUUAGAAAUUAUCCCUUUCUUUAUUGGGAUCGGGACUAAGAGGAAUGGUUGGGACAACAAACAUCCAUCUCGUUCGUACUUUGGAUACCCGUAUAACCAUCGAAGACUGUUGAAGUGACUAAUUCCUAGAAAUUAAGGAAGAUUGAGGACAAAGAAAUUGUUGGAGUUAACUUAAUAUUUUUAUCUAGUAUCAACAUGCUUGAUGUUAAGAAAAGAUCUUUUGCAGGAAGGUUGGCUAGAGAUUUCUUGUAAAAACACUAGCCCCGCUCAGUUCAUAA